GUUAGAUGGAAAGUGAAGUCCGAUUUGAAGUUCCAUGCGUUCAAUCUCUCAUAACUGGUCUUGUUCUUCUCUUGGUCUUGGUUCAGGCGCGAGCAUCAUCAGCUUUCUUAAGGCAUGCAAGAGCAGUGAACAGCUGAAGCAAGUGCACGCUUCCAUCAUCUACCGAGGCCUUGAGCAAGAUCACUUCCUCAUCUCCCUUUUCAUUCCCCUCUCACACACCCUCUCCACUCUCUCCUACACCUCCUCCGUCUUCCUCCGUGUCCUCACCCCUUCAACCUUCCUCUGGAACACUCUCAUCAAAUCCCAUUGCCAAAACAACUGCUUCUCCCAAACCCUCACCGCCUUCGCUCGCAUGAAGGCGCACGGGGUCCUUCCCGACGCCUUCACCUACCCUUCUGUCAUUAAGGCCUGUUGCGCCACGUGCAUGCCGCGGGAAGGAAAAUCGCUUCAUGGGUCCGCGUUCCGGUGUGGAGUCCACCGGGAUCUCUACGUGGCCACCAGUUUGGUCGACAUGUAUGGUAAAUUCGGGCAGAUUGCUGAUGCUCGCAGGGUUUUUGAUGGAAUGUCUAAGAGGAGUGUCGUUUCCUGGACUGCUAUGCUUGUUGGGUACGUUGCCGUUGGGGAUGUUGUGGAGGCCGAGAAGCUGUUUAAUGAGAUGCCGCAGAGAAAUGUGGCUUCUUGGAAUGCGAUGUUGCAGGGUUUUAUCAAGUUGGGGAAUUUGAGUGGUGCUAGGGACAAGUUGUUUAAUGAGAUGCCGCAGAGAAAUGUGGCUUCUUGGAAUGCGAUGUUGCAGGGUUUUAUCAAGUUGGGGAAUUUGAGUGGUGCUAGGGACUUGUUUGAGGCUAUGCUGGAGAAGAAUGUUGUUUCUUUCACCACCAUGAUUGAUGUGUAUGCUAAGGUGGGUGACAUGGUGGCCGCGAGGUUCUUGUUUGAUCGUGCUCCUGGAAAGGAUGUUGUUUCUUGGUCUGCUUUGAUAUCGGGUUAUGUCCAGAAUGGGCAGCCUAAUCAGGCGUUGAAAGUGUUUUUUGAGAUGGAAUCGAUGAAUGUGAAGCCUGAUGAGUUCAUACUUGUUAGCUUGAUGUCGGCUUCGUCGCAUUUGGGAUAUUUAGAACUCGCUCAAUGGGUUGAUUCUUAUGUAAGCAAGAGCUGUAUUGAUUUUCAGCAGGACCAUGUAAUUGCAGCGCUUCUGGAUAUGAAUGCAAAAUGUGGUAACAUUGAUAGAGCUUCGAAAUUUUUUGAGGAAAGACCUAAACGAGAUCUAGUCUUGUAUUGUUCGAUGAUACAAGGGUUGUCAAUUCAUGGGCGUGGUGAACAAGCCGUGAAUCUUUUUAACAGGAUGCUGAUGGAAGGGCUGUAUCCGGAUGAGGUGGCCUUCACAGUCAUUCUCACAGCCUGUAGUCAUGCUGGGCUUGUUGAUGAGGGCUGGAACUACUUCCAAUCCAUGAAGCAAAAAUACUACAUUAGUCCUUCGUCUGAUCACUACGCGUGUAUGGUUGAUCUUCUAAGCCGGUCAGGACACAUAAGGGAUGCUUAUGAACUUAUAAAAUUAAUGCCUGAGCCUCGUGGCGGUGCCUGGGGUGCACUUCUUGGGGCAUGUAAACUAUAUGGUGAUUCAGAGCUGGGAGAGAUUGUUGCCAAUCGACUUUUGCAGUUUGAUAAUCUAAAUGCAGCUAACUACGUGCUGUUGUCUGACAUCUAUGCUGCAGCAGAGCGAUGGAUUGAUGUUUCCCUUGUGAGAAGUAAGAUGAGGGAAAGGAGAGUGCGUAAGAUACCUGGUUGUAGUAAAAUUUAGUCCAGGGCCGAGUUGUUCUGGUAUAUGAAGUUCUGAAAUGGGAAAUUUGGUUGCAGAACAUCGAAGCCGAUCUGAAUUCAUUUUCAGCUGAUCUGGAAGCUUUAGCUGUUGCCCCAUGGCUGUUAAACUGUCAAUGGAGAAAUAUGAAUUGAUCCUUCUUUCUUCAUACGCUAAACACCAAACCGUAUACUGCUUUCUCUCCUCAGUACACUUCACUGCACUAUUAUUCUAAAGGUUUUCCUCCUUUCUAUGCUGUGCAUUUCCCCUUUGAUUUUUUGCAGUAAAUAACACCAUUAUUUUCGUAGAUAAGUUUUUUCCUCACUGUAAAUUCUGAAUUCUUUUGGUAAUCUGUUAUUUUCUUGAUGCAGUUUUUGUUGUUUAAUUUGGUUGAUUAUUAAUACUUAAGGUUCUCUAUUUGUCGUGAUUAAAAUAAAUAUGUCUCACUGUUACUGCUUCAUUGGAAUGGUUCUCUGUAUAGAAACUUACUUUGUCCUGAGUGAGCUAAAGACUAAAAUAUUAUUGUGAAUUGAGAAGCCAAAGUGAUUUAUUGGAGUGAUAAUUUAGUGUGAUCAAAUCAAUGUUGCUGUGUUGUUUGAUCUUGAUGGCAAGGUUCAGUGCUAAAUGUGAGUUGGUGUUAAUACAAUAGUCAAAUGAAAACUGGAAAAAACUGAUGCAGUUUGUAUCAGAGGUGCCUGUAAUUAGAUAAUCAAAAUAACAGAAUUAAAAAAAAAAAAAGAGGGCAAAUUUCCAGAGAGCAGAGCUCUCCUAAGCAAGAGAGGAAUCUCUCUACCCCAAAUACCCAGUCCAGCCAUUCACCGGAUGAUCCCCACAUUCUUACAAAGGAAAAACAUUUGACCAACCCCAUUCCCUUCAAACAGAAUAAGUUACAAAGGGAAAAUGUAACCAACCCCACUCCCCUUUUAAAGAGUCACCCAUUCCCCAAAUAGCCCUCCUUUACUAACCAAACUCAAAUAGAAAACCUCUAAACAAUCAAUCUUGCUUCUUAUUCUUGGGGCUACGACAAUGUUGCUUACUCCACCUGAAAGAAUGAUUUCUAUCAAAAACACAAUUGAAAUAGGAAAACAGAGGGAAACGUCUAUUUAUUCAUUUAUUCUUUUCUAAUUUUGUACGUGUUGUGUAGUGCUUGCAAAUUAGUCAAAGUUGAUAUGUGGUGCCUUUAAAUGUAACACUUAAUCAGCAAUGUAUUGUUGGCAGGAGCAUGUCAUAAAUCGGGACGAAAAAGAAUUUGUGACCCAACUUUUGAGUUUAGAUUUCUUUCGUAGCUAUCAUUUUUCCCCAAGAGGGAAGGGAUGCUUUGCAUGAAGCACGAACAGUUGCUGAGUUAUCCUGGUACUAAAUGAAGAUAGAAUGGGUUGGUGAUCGAUAAAAAAAGUCAGAGAAGCCGCCAAAAGUUUCAGCUACAAGGUAAUAUAUACAUAGUACCAAUAUUCACAAAUUCUUGCAAUAUGAUUGAAAAAUAAGUGGGGGAUGCUCAGUCAAUGGUGUAGUUAUACUUUUUCCUUCGUUUAGAAGAGAAAAGUACUCAUUAUUUAAUCAGGUUAGACUUUAAAUUUGCUAUAUAGCUACAUCAUGAAAAGUGACUGGAUCAUUUAAGUUGUUUAUGAAACUAACAUAAGAAUAGGCGCCAAAUAAAUACAAGCACAGUC